UGACGAAAAAAGUCUAGUGCGAUUUGGUUGUAUGCUUAUACUAAGUACAAGUUAAUUGGUUGCAACAUUCCUUGGUACGACCUAUCUAAUAUCACACAAUUUCCGUUUCCGCUGUUUGGAAAAAUCACAGUAACCUGCACAACAAAAUUUUUUGUAAAUUUGAGAAGUAUCGGCUGCCAUCCGAGGUACUACGGAAAAUAUGCCACCUGUACGAACUCGCACGGAUACGAGAGGGAGAAAGGAGUACACAUGGAGCUUCAUAACGCCUUCCAGGGGCAGGGGAAGGAAACGAAGGAGGGAGGGCGAAAGGACAGGACCACAUGGCGAUCACACGCAACAUGGCGUCGACCAAAUUCCCACACCAGCGGGGGCCAUCGUCAAUGUGGCCAGUCAGAGCCAGCCUUAUGGAGACGAAUUGGUCGGGAUAACUACAAAUCAGGAAUUUGACCCAACAGACUUUACUUUCACCUUCAAUAGGAGCAGUCCAAAAAAGCCAUGUGUGAUUCAAUGGAUCGUGGGUGCCUUUUCCAAGCAGAUGAAUUAUGGAGACAUAAGCAUGACUUUUGCUGUGAACUAUAUACUUUAGAACUUUUUUAUUCAAGUUAUCACCUUAAUCUCUUCAUUUGUCGCAUUGUGUUCGGGGGGUCGGGUCUGGGGGGAUAUAAGUGGGAAGUUUUCAAAUUAUCUGGCCUUAGGGUUUCCCCCCAUCUGUCAUCUAAGACAGAGGGCGGUUUGUAAAAAGCAAAUUUUUACAUAUGUACGUAUGUGUUUUGGAAAAGUGUGUCAAAGAUUGGGGUCACUCAAGUAAGACAGUCUUGGUGCCCACUCCACCUCCUCACACAGGAGGGGAGGCUUAGUCCUGGAGUACAUGGUAAAGUACUAACAACCAGGUGCAAUCACUGGGAAACGGGGUAAACGGAUAUUUUGAAAACUCUUCCAAUCCCAAAUGGGUGGUAUUUUCAUAGUUUGGGAUUUUUGGUACUGGCGCUCAACGCCAGGCCACCAGUUUGCCCGUUAUACCUUCUAGGUUGGUAUACUGGAUAUCCCCUCAGACCCUGGGUUAACACAAUGUGGCCAUUUACUUCCAUUGUCCCCUUUUUCUUGUCAAAUUGUAAAUUGAUAUAGUAUGAUAUUUUGUGAUUUUUGUCUAAUUGAUUCAAUAAAUUUGGAAAAAGAAACGUGUUUGUGACUGUCUCACCAGAACAGUUAAGAGAGUAGAGGAAGUACAAACU